AUGUUGAAGAAGAAAACAGUGGUGCCAGCAGAAUGGGAUGUUCACCUCCCUACUGUCGUUUAUGCCUACAAUGCAUGCCCGCAUGAAGCAACCGGAGAGAGUCCCCAUUUUCUCCUCUUCCCAAGGGCCCCAAGUAUCCAUCACAAGUCAUACCUAGAGAGCACCUUUCAGCCUGUACGGUGGACUACGAUUACUAUAAAACCGAGUUUUUAUCGGGGUAGCUGGGAAUGCAUUAUUUUUAACUUAGAGGAAUACCGUAAGAAGAUGAAGGAGCAGUACGACAGAAGGUUCAGAACUCAUACGGCGGCACUUAUCAAGAAAGGAGAUCGUGUCUACGUAAAGAUCCCAUCUGAGAAAGGAAAGGUAUUCCAACCAAAAUUGACCACUGAUUGGUCGGGGCCGUAUAGAGUAAUUGAGAGUAGCGCAAACUCGAUCGUAGUGACUUUGAUAGGCCAAAACAAGGAACCAGUGAGAGUACAGUGGGAUCGUCUGAUAAAAAUACCAUCCGUAAUUGACGAUACUCUCCUCGGAACGAAAGGAUUCCGCACUCGAUAUAGUCGAAGAAACAAGUCGGCGUCUAAUCACUGCAACAUGAUUCGCAAAGUUUAUUUUCAGAGAGUCUUCGAUCACAAAAAUGAACCCGCUACACGUUGA